AUCAGUAAAUGUCAUUGUUGAUGUUUGGUGUGGGUGUUGUAGUUUUGUUCCUCCGCUAAAAAAACUGGUUUUUAAAAGCUAUUAUUUACUGUGAAAUAUGAUUUAAUUGUAUAAACAAGGAAAUGGCAUCUAUUUCUCUACCCCGUGUGCUGCAUCCGAGGAAAACCAGUUUGGAAAUCGAGAGGGAAAACUUCGAAAAGGCACAGUUUCAGAUAUGCAUGUAAUCAUACAUAAUAUAAUGUGAAGCUUGUUCUCUGCAUAUUUAAACUUACAAACUAAUCUUGCAUGCCUAAAUAUAUAUAUUUAUUUCCAUUUUUUUGUGCGAAUGAAGCAGUAAUGCUGUAAAAAUGGCUAGAGAGUAUACUGGAAAAGACUAUGAUAAAUACUCCCAGGCGCUACAGAAAGCUAUAAACGGUCAAGAAUGUCCGGUCAAGCAGAAGCAUGUCCGUUCGGCCAUCAUAGGCACGUUCCAAACUCAGAGCGCCAAGAUUUUUUGGGCCUACGCUCUGAGACUACCGUCCCUUGAUGAUCGCAUCGUAGCAUGGAAACUGUGUCACGUAGUUCAUAAAAUUCUUAGAGAGGGGCAUCCAUUAUGUUUGGUGGACAGCCAGAGACAUAGAAAGGAAUUGGAUGAGAUUGGCAAACUAUGGGGACACUUAAGGGAAGGUUAUGGCAAAAUGAUCAAACUCUACACAGCUCUGUUAAUCAACAAAUUAGAAUUUCACAGGCGAAAUCCUCGAUUUCCUGGACAUUUGGGUGUCACUCCAGACGAACUGGAAAGCAUUGGAGGAAAUGACGUUAAUAAUAUAUUUGACAUGACGAUCGAAAUGUUCGACUAUUUAGAUCAUAUUUUAGCUCUACAAGAAGCAGUUUUUGGGUCAUUAAAUAUGGCCAGAUCCAAUUCCAUGACCAGUGCGGGCCAGUGUAGACUAGCACCGUUAAUUCCCUGUAUUCAAGAUGCCUCUAAACUCUACGACUACUCGGUAAAAUUAUUGUUCAGGCUGCAUUCAACUCUGCCCGCAGACAUAUUGGCUGGUCACAGAGAAAGGUUCCUAAAACAGUUUAGAGCUUUGAAAAAGUUUUACGAGAGUACCAGUAAUUUGCAGUACUUCAAAGACUUGAUUGCGAUUCCACCAUUGCCAGAGAAACCACCCAAUUUCCUUAUAAUGGGUGAUCUUCGGGAUUACGUAACUCAAGAGGUGGUCGUUCCGCAAGAACCCGAACACGAGGAAGAACCAAUUCAGGAAGAAACACUGAUCGACACUACCGACGAUUCUGCGCAGGACAGUAACAAAGUCAGUUUCGUGGUGCAUCAGGAAAUUCUGGAGCAGAGGGAGUUUCUAAAGAUGCAGUGUGAAAAAUUAAGAGGAGAAAUAAAUGCACUUAUGUCUAAAAAUCAGAAGGAUAUUACACUUUUAAAAGAUAAAAUCUCAUCGUUGGAACAUGACUUAGCUUUAAAAGAGAGUGAACUGGAACAUGAGAAACAUAUAAAAGAGGAUCUUCUGAACCAGAGUUUUGCAGUGGCCCAAAGUCAGGACUCUGAGCAAAAACAAUUUCACGAGAAAUUUGACAAACUUAAGGCCAUUUACGUUAAACUACGAGAUGAGCAUGUAGCUGAAUUAAGGAAGAAAGCAGAGGUCGAGAAGAAGCUGAGUAUCGCAUUGAGAACUGUCGAAAAAAUGACAGAACUUGAGGCGGAAAAAGACAAACUAGAAAUGUCCGAGAAACAAAAAUCUGACGAAUUGGCAUCUUUGAUUAAAGAUAAGGAGUUAUUUAAUAUGGAGACAGAGAUCUUGAAAAAAAGCGUCGCUGAUGCUUGCAAAGAAAAAGAUUCGAUCGAGAGGGAGCUACAAAGUGUUUUAGAAGAAAAGGAAGAGUUAAGGAAGAAAUCUGAAGAGUUGUCUUAUAAAUUGUUGGAAUUAGAACGACAGAUAGAUAAUGAACAAAAAAAACUUCAGGCAUCGUUAGAAAGUAUAGUAAGAAAGUCGAUAGAGAACAAUGAGGAAACUCUAAGUAACGCUAUACAUGAAGUGGAUAAUCCUGCUAUUACCGCUUUAACAUGUAGUCCUGAUUAUUUAAGAAGUCUUACCAAAGGAUGCCAGGACGUACUUCAGGAGAGUUUAACUUUAAUUUUUACAGAUUACGAAUCUGUAAUAACUUUGACAAAUAAAAUAGCUCAUCGACAUUCCGUUUAUAUUCUAAACGGUAGAGCUACAGGAAAUACAAGUCCGGACAUUGCAUUUGGAGAAAAGAUGGCCGAUUCUUGCAAAAUUCUUGGAGAGGUUGUACUGAGAUUACUUCAAAGUAUUAAAGAAAAUCAAAGCACUGAAGUGAUUGUAAAAGAAGCGGUGGAAAAACUUGAAGAAAUUGUAGUUUUGGGAGAAAAUAUUAAUAUGUCACUUCUGGGAGAAAAGGCUGAAAACUUAGUUGAUAUGCUGGAAAGUGAAAUGGCAUCAAUGGACAAAGCAAUUGAAGAAGCUGCUAAUAAAAUACAGGAAAUGCUUACCAAUUCCCGAGCUGCGGAUUCGGGAAUAAAACUAGAAGUAAAUGAGAAGAUUUUGGAUACCUGUACAAGUCUUAUGCAGGCCAUAAGAUUACUGGUAAAAAAAUCACGAGUUCUUCAAGCAGAAAUUGUUUCACAGGGUCGAGGCACUGCGAGCGACAAAGAUUUCUAUAAACGUAACCAUCAGUGGACUGAUGGUUUUAUAUCUGCAGCCAAGGCUGUAGCAGUAGCUGCGAAGUUUUUGCUAACUGCUGCUGAUAAAGUAGUUACAUCCAACGGUAAAUUAGAACAGUUAGUUGUCGCAGCACAAGAAAUAGGAGCUUCCACAGCCCAGCUGGUUGUAGCCAGCAGAGUUAAGGCAGACAGAAAUAGCGAGAAUCUAAAACAACUCACUCAAGCCUCGAAAGGAGUGACUACAGCCACCGGUACUGUAGUAGCUACGGUGAAAGAUUGCAGCCAACUGAUUGAAGAAAGAGAAGAGCUUGACGUCUCAAAUUUGAGCCUGCACCAAGCCAAAAGGAUGGAAAUGGAGGUGCAAGUGCGGGUGUUGGAACUUGAGAAAGAAUUGGAACAAGAAAGGUAUAAGUUGUCCAAGUUACGGAAGCACCAUUAUCAACUUAGUGGGGAGAGUGACACUUGACCUGAGCCCGUCUUGUAUUACAACAAGAAACAUUGCUUUGUAUGUCUCUAAAAACAAAUUAACUAUAUAAUUGAAGUGACAGCACAGUAUUUGUCUUCAAGAUUUAAAAAUCAGCUUUAAUAUGCUCCAUUUUAUGUAUUAGUUGCCACAUUUUUUAUACCUGGUUAUUUAUUUAUUUAAAGUAGGUAGAAUUAAAAAAAAGCUCCAAAGAAAUUUGUAUUCUUGAAAUAUACAUACCCAAAUACCGUUUUUGUCUUAAAAUAAAAUAGAGAACAUUGUAAAAGACCUGUUACUCGUUAUAAUGUUUGUUAGACAAUGUUAUCUGUUAUUUUACAUUAACUAUUACCAUUUAGUAUAGAUAUUUUAUACAUGUCUGUAACAUUUAUUGAAAUAUAAUGUUAAUAAAAUUUAAAGGAACUAAA